AUGCCAUGGCCUGGAUUCGGCUACAAUGGGACAGGGGCUGGAGCCCAACCAUUUCAAGGUUUCUUCAAUAGAAGCUCCUCUGGUCCUCCUAUCCCACUCAACGCCGCAAAGGCCCUGUUGUUACAGGCCGACCUGGUGACCAAGACUCCCAAACGCGUCGAAGCCCAAGGGAGCUCCCCAGAUGGCUUUGCUGUUUUAGCAGGUCGCUCGGCGGAUAACAAGACGGUACAGGUCUUGUUGAAUAACUACAAGUUCGACUAUGACAUUGCGCUCGAGAUCACGCCCCAGAUAGUACCUAGCUUGAACACGUCUACGACAGCAUAUCCACUUCUUCAAGACAAUGGGCUUAUGAAUGGCGAGUCGGCAUGCUUUGUAACUGGCGCUUGCUUGACGUUUCCUCAACCCACCUGGAGGAACAACACCAGUCAGUCGUAUCACCUGAAGCUUGUUAAUUUGCCCUGGAAAAAGACGGAUAGCUACAAACUUGAAGUGCGAAGGGUAGCAGACGCGGACGCCGAGGAUGUCUAUCUGGCAAAGCAAGGCAGGGGUAAUGUUAUUGCCGCAAUCCAUCUCGAUUCCAUUUCGCUCCCUGUCAACGCUGCUAUCACUGCUCUGCUCCCCAUCAUGCAAUUCGGAAAGUCACUUGGAGCGGCAUGCGGUUCGUUCGCCAUCACCAAUAUCGACGACAUGUUUGUCCUGGUCACCUUCUUUGCGGAGGCGUCCGCCAGCAGAACCGUGACUCCCCUCAAGAUUACUGCCGGUCAGUACCUCGGGUUCACAGUCAUCAUCAUCAUCAGCAUGAUUGGUUUCGGUGCCUCGCUCUUGAUCCCCGCUGAGCCCAUUGGAUUCCUCGGUCUACUGCCCAUUCUCCUGGGCAUUUGGAAGUUCUUCGACCUUCUUUUCCCGGAGGAGGAAGACGAAGAAGAAUCGGAGAAAUCAAAGAUUGCCGGGGUGAAGAGCAUACUCAAAGUCUCAGCCAUCACAGUGAUGAAUGGGGGCGACAACAUCGGAACAUAUAUACCGCUGUUCGCGCAAGCAAAGGGAGCAGAGAUCGCGGUAUAUAUUGUCACUUAUUACAUCCUAGUCGGCGUGUGGUGUCUCGUCGCGUUCCUGGUCAUGAAGCAGAAGCAUAUUCUGCUCGUGGCUGAGAGAUAUGCGAGUGUGGUGGUCCCUUUUCUCUACCUGGGCCUCGGCGUGUACAUCGUCGUCAAGUCGUCGUGCUACCCGUGGUCGAUCCAACACAUUGACGAUUCAACCUCUGCACACCCGGGCAAAACUAUCAUGGCUGUUGUGACUACGGUUCUCCUUUUGAUAUGCAUUGGCGCUAUGCUCUGGUGCAAGCUGCGGAAGAAAGCUGCUCAACCUCCUGACUCCAACACCUCUCAAGAAGACAGUCCUUCUCCUAUUGCGGAAGGUGAGCUUGAGGGCUCACAUACCCCCACCUAA